AUGUCGGACAAUGUAGCCAAACGUAUGUCGAAGAGUUUGACUAUUAAAACAGCAUCCCCAUCCACGUCAACAACAGAUCGAACGAUGUCACAACUAGAAACAAGGGACAUAGCCGUAAGCGAUGGUGGUGGCGCUGGCAUCAAUAAAACAAAAUUUGUUACAAUGAGAAAAUUAAAAACCAUUCAUUCUCAUGGUCAGCAAGAAGUUCCUGCACCGUCUACUCUAAGCACUUCCUCACUAACAAAUGAUUCGGGAAAUCCCACAUCACCCAGUUCUCUGUCGUCGACAUCACCAACAUCGCCUACAACUCAAGAUUUGCAGGGUUCGGCUGAUUUACGGCAAAUGAAAAAGGAUUGUGACCCACAGUUUUCUCGAUUCGCUGAUUACUUUGUGAUAUGUGGUUUAGAUUUGGAUACUGGUUUAGAGCCGGAUAGAUUUGCUGGUGAUAAUUUGCAGUGCUCCCCACUAGAUCGAGCAUAUAAGAGUAAGCCGUUGGCACAUUACCCGGAGAAUGUGCCAUGGAAUCCCUUUGAUUCACACGGAAUUUGUAUGUUGUCGCUGCCGCAAGGUUUACGCUUUCGGACGCAAAAGCAUAACAUUGAACCAAAGUUUCAUUCCUUUGCAACAACUAGAGAAGAUGGUAAGCGCUGUUAUGGAUUUAGUCUUGUAUUUUACGAAGAAAUACGCAAUAGAGACAUAUGCAGUGCCAUGCAUACGCUACAGUCCAUGUUCAUUACCGAACUAUCCAAUGGACAGCAGACACAUUCGUUAUCCCGAAUAAAAGAUAGUCCCGUUAGCAGAUCUUUGCCUCGUCAUUUCAAAGUGGCUGGCCAAGCGCCACAAUCAGCACAAAGUUAUUAUGAUAUUACAAAAGACAAACUCUAUGUUGCCAAAAGUAUUUCUUUGAUAUGCCAACAGCCGUACGCGUUUGCAGCUGAGGUGUUCUUAAGAAAUCUAUAUAAAUGUCUUCCGCGCCAGCCGGGUCCUGGUAUAAGUCUCGAAUCAUAUGUCUACAAUAUACUAUACGAAGUAAUGUUGCCACAACCCGGCAAAUCUAUUCGAAUUUACUUGCCUCCAUCGGAAGCACAUUUGCCGCCGAUAGCUUUAACGUUACAGAGACCGGAUGUACCUUCAGAACUGCCGUUGCUGGAUUUUUCUCUUAGAUUACUCUUCACUUACUUGGGUGUCGAGUGCGUUAUACAACUACUUACAUGUGUUUUACUGGAAAACCAAGUUUUGCUUCGGUCUAAUGAUUACCAAAAACUAAUGGUUGUCGGCGAGUGUAUAACUUCAAUUCUCUUUCCUUUCGUAUGGCCACAUGUAUAUGCACCCAUUCUACCUGCUGCUCUGCACCAUUUUCUCGAUGCUCCUGUGCCCUUUGUAAUGGGUUUGCAUGCCGAAUGCGAGGCAGCUAAUAAAAUUGGCUCUGAGGCGACACUUUGUUUCGUGGACAUUGAUAAGAAAAUCAUACAAUUACCAGAAGAGUUGCCAGUUUUUCCACAUAAAAUGGAUUUUAUGGCAGAAAUCAUUUCAAUUUUAGAUAAAUUUGAAAUAGAGAGAGAUCGUAUAAAUGAACCUAACCUAAGGAAUGGCUAUACUCGCGACCCUGACGUUAUGAUGAGUAGUUGCACACUACCGAGUGGCUUGCAAGCCGCACGCAGGAGCAAAGAACGUUUUCAACAACUACAGGAAACGGUAUAUACAUUAGGUUCUUCUCCUGAAGGUAAUAACCACGGCAAUUUGCAUUAUCAACCACUAGUGGCACAUCCCUCGAGAAUUGAUCAUGUUCCACGCAUCGCAGAUUUUCUCAGAAGAAAAAAUGUACGACCAUCUUCUCCAAUAUCAGCCGUGGGUGAUUAUGUCGAUGCUUCCGCAUCUGUACCUUCUGCAAUGUCGUCACCAACACGACCACGCAACAAGGAUGUUAAAUCGCAGGCGCUACAACUAAGUCCAGAAGAGCAAUAUUACCAGGACUUGCGAAUUAAUAAUGCUUUACGCGAAGUUUUCCUAAAUCGUUUCGUGCAUAUGUUUUUCGCCUACGAAUUUUUCGUCAUUUAUCCCAACCAGGACAGAGAUGAAUGGUUAAGCAACCGGGAGACUAUACAGAAUUUUGACAAAUCUUCGUUUCUAUCAGAUCAGCCGGAGCACCACAGACCAUUUUUAUCGCAAUUUUUGGAAUCUCAAAUGUUUGCUACAUUAGUUGACAACAAAAUACUAUCUAUAUGGGACAAAGAACCGGAUCCUAAUCUAAAAAUGUUUGAUCAAAGAAUUAAACUUUUAAGGAAACGUCAUGGAGAAAAUAUGAUUUGUGCCACGAGCUAUGAACCCUGUGUUGUUAGUCAGGAGUCUCAACAAGUCUUUGAGAAACGGCUUACGUGUGUGGACAUUGAAGUAACACCACCCAGUGAAAUACUGUCGAAUCGUGCAGCUUAUUUCCGCAGCUUUCCCAUUCUUGAAAAAUCUGUACUAAAUCAAGAAUGUACUUCGAGAGGUAACAGUUUAAGACGCGUAAAAAAUGGAAACAAAUGGAGAACCAAAGAGAUAAACUUUGACCAAAAGCCAACAACAAAUAAUGCACUAAAUAGGCUUUCAGCUAAUCUAACCAAUACAGAGUUAAGUCCAGCGUUGAUCGCACAAGCCAAUUGGACUUUUGUGGAGAGGCUAUUGAAGGAUGUAAAAAGCAAGACAAAGCGUAUGCUGUUGGAGAAAAUGGGCACUGAAGCGGUUGCUUUAGGCCUAAGUAAAAACGAUGGAAUCGAGGAAAACACGCUAAUAGCAUCGCUGUGCGAUUUAUUAGAAAAGAUAUGGUCACAUGGAUUACAGACAAAGCAGGGCAAAUCUGCAUUAUGGACUCAUUUGCAAGCUUAUGUUGAGUUACAGGAUACACGCUCAUUGAACUCUAUACCAAAUAAUAGUGUUAGCAAUGCACAUUUGAAUACAAAUGCAUCCUCUCCGAAGGCCGCUGGAAAUAAUAAGAUUGGCACCACUUCAAGCUAUGUAACUGCCCCUGCUAUGGCUUGGAAUGUUAUGCGCAAACGUAUGGACUAUUUGUCUACAUUUCAGAGUGAUCUUGAUAAUCCACCGAGCCCAAAUCGAAGUCGUUCGAGAGAUCGCAAUAAAUUUGUUGGUUUGGAACAUUUAUGCCCUCUGCCAGAAUCUAUAGAAUUUGACGUCCGAAAUGUCAUGGCGAUGGCAGACAUUAAAACUCAAAUUGGUUACACCAGAGCCUGGGUACGUUUAGCGUUGGAGAAGAAAUUGUUGUCACGCCACUUUCGUACGCUACUGUCCGACGAUGCUCUUUUGCGUUCCCUUUAUAAACGAUCGGCAUUUUUAAGGUGUGAUGAGGAGAAAGAACAAUUUCUAUAUCACAUUUUGACAUUGAACACGGUGGAUUACUAUUCGUUCACAAAUACUUAUCCAGCAACGAAACUCCCAUAUCGUGUUGUUAUAUUCCCUUCCCGUAAACAUGGUUCAUACCAUACGUCGAGUAAUGUUUGGAUAGUUGUAUCGGGAACCCUAAACGAAACACAGAAGGUGCCUGUGCCAAAGGGUUCACUCGAAUUUAUAUUCCAUUAUAAAAACUUGGGUUUGAUGACUACGAUGCGUAUUGGCCAUGACAAUGCAGGUCCAUCGAACAAAUGGCUUAUAGAACAUGUAGUCAUGCGCAACGAAGUAACCGGACAUACCUAUAAGUUUCCUUGCGGACGUUGGUUGGGUAAAGGCGUUGAUGAUGAUUCAACCGAGCGGCUUUUGGUAGGUCAGCGAAUCUCAACGAAUGUUAAGGCAAGUGAAAUGGAUCAGUCAUGCCAUACGCCUCCUCGAACACGUAGCCCAAGUAUUCAGCGUGGUCAAGACUUGCCACCCAUCUCGGAUAUCCAACACAGACUAGGUAAUUGUGUUAAUGUCAUUGUGAAAUGGCACUACAAACCCAGCAGAGAUCGCGAUGUCGGUACACUCACCAAUUUAUUGUGUGGCGACGACGGCCUUGUUAAAUCGCUAGAAAACGUAUUUCUCUGCGGGUUUCGUUCAACAAGAUUUUUUGGUCGGAAUCUUUACAUUUGGGACUAUUUCACUAAAAUCAAAGAACAAUUUGAAUUGUAUCUGCAACAAGAGCAGCAACAAUUUGAUGAGUCUGGUUCUAGCAUAGACUCAUCCAUCGGCAGCGCUAGUAGCCACCAACGGAGGGAAUUAAGUGCUAUAUGGCGAUAUUACAUUCAGCUUAUGGAUGAAAUAAACAAAGUUGGAAAUACCCUGGGCAAAGAUGGAAAAUUCCAAUUACUCAUAUGCCUCAGCCUGAGGGAUCACUUAUUAACACGCAUGAUUAAACCUAUGUCUGUCACUAAAGUAACACAAGAGAUGUAUGAGGAGGAAAGUUUCCUACGUCGAAAAAAUCUUUUGACCUUCUUAAUACAGAUUUUGGAGCCGUUGGAUGAUUGUCACAUUAUUUUGGAGAAUUCCAUUACUCAAGGAAUUCCCUCGCAAUGUUGA